AUGGCCGAUCUCAGCGAGGCCGAGGCCCUCGCCACGCCCGAGUUCUGGAACGAGCGCUACACACAGUCGGACGGCUCGAACCCGACGCACGAGUGGUUCCGUACCUUUGCGGCACUUGAGCCGUAUCUCCAAAAGAACCUGUUCUCCCAACGGAGCCCGGAGUCGGCGCCGCGCAUCAUGCAUCUCGGGUCCGGCGACAGCACCAUUCCCGCCGACCUCGCAGCCCGCGGCUACAAGAACCAGCUGUGCCUCGACUUCUCCACCGUCGUCGUCGAGCUCAUGACGGCGCGGCACGCCGCCGUGGGCGGCAUCGAGUGGCGUCACGCCGACGUGCGCGACAUGCCCGACGCGGCGCCCACGGGCUCCGUCGACGUCGCCUUCGACAAGGGCACCAUGGACGCCAUGAUCCACGGCAGUCCGUGGUCGCCGCCCGACGACGUGCGCGACAACACCCGCCGCUACCUGCGCGAGGUCCACCGCGCCCUGCGCGCCGACGGCGUCUUCCUGUACGUCACGUACCGCCAGCCGCACUUCAUGCGCCCGCUGCUCAACGCCGAGGGGCUGUGGGAUCUCGAGAUGGACGUCUUGGCCGGCGGCGAGAGCGCGUUCGACUACUACGGCUUCAUCUUGCGCAAGAAGAAGGGGGAGCAGGGCGGGGUUGAUUCGGGAGGGAUGAAGGCGUGA